AUGCUCAAGAGCCUGGACAUCAAGAUCCAUGGCUUCGACAACCUGCUGCCCAGCGGCGAGGAGCGACUCAACGACGGGGUGCUCAAGUCCUCCAUUUCGGAGAAUGUGAAGACCAAGUCGCGGGCAGCGGCGGUCAAGGUGAUAUCCAGCCUUAAUCCCGGCAAGAUGCCGCCGGUAAAGCGAGUGCGUCCCUCACCGGAGCCAGUGAAGGAUAAAGUGGAUAAGGAGAAGGUGGCGGAGAAGGUGGAUAAAGAGAUGAAACCCAAGUCGGAGCAGGAGCUUACUCCUCCAUCCCCUCCAGAGGAAUCUCUGGCCUCCAAGGCGCCGACCAAGAAGACGAUGCAGCAGGCUAAAAAGGCCAAGGUGGAGCCAUCAUCCUCCUCCUCCUCAUCAUCAGCACAAACGACAGCUGCAACGAUAGUCUCAGUUCCCAGCGGCGCCACUUCAUCCACUUCCAAGCAGUCGGCGGUUAAGAAUCCCGGCAAGAAACCCGCCCAGCAGGAGCAGCCCAAAAAAGAGCUAAGCAAGCCCACCAAAGUGGUCAAGCCGAAAAAGGAAGUUAUCACGCCGAAGAACACUUCCCGUUUGCCGGACUCCAAUACCGAAUCGGUGCAAAUGGAGCUGGAGGAGAUUGUGGCUACGCCGACGGUGACACCCUCGGCUACCCCAACGCCCACGGCCACGCACACGGUUACGCCAACGCCCACACCCACUCCCACACCGACAUCUACGUCUGCAGAAGCAGCAGGGCAACCAGUUCCCCCACCACCACCGCCAGCCAAGCAGCGACCCAAGGUGAAGUACACCAAGACGGGAUCGGCGGGAUCCAAGGGUCGCAUGCCACAGGCUCUCCACCAGAAGGCAACGCCUGCUUCGUGGAGCGGAGCCAAGGAUAUCUACGACUUCAAGUCGGGAUCGGAGGACGAGGAGCCGAUCAAGAUGGUGCUGCCGUCGCUCAAGGAGCUGCGCGAGUUCUCCGACGAGGAUAACAAGCCGCUAAAGCUGUUCGAGCGACCGGAGAAGGUUAAGAUUCAGGUGGUGGAUGAGGAGGAGCAGCCGCUGGUGAAGAAGGAGGAGAGACCCUCGGUGGAGAAGGAGGUGAAGGUGAAACCCAAGGAAAAGGAAGUAGAUCCCUUGAGCAAUGCACAGCAGUCCGAACCAGCAGCUAGUAAAAUCACCUCCACCAGCAGCUCCGUCAAGAAGCAAACUAAAAGGAAGCUAAACACUCCAACGCCCACUCCUUCGGGCCGCAAAAAGAAGCCAGCAGCCAAGGGAAAGGCCACCGCCAAGGAGCCGCCGGCGAGCAACAGUUCCGCCGACAGCAGCUCCUCCGAGGAUGAACGCAAAUUGAGCGCCUACAGCGGACCCAAGCGUCACAGGAUGGCCUCGCUAAAUGCACUGGCCAAGGUGCAGUGCCUCUACGAGAACGAAUCCCGCACGGCCCACGAACUGGGCCUCUCCAAGGCGACGCAGCAGCCGCCGCGGAUUCGCACGCUGGACGGCAGCGACGAGGACAACCACAAGGAUUCGCCGCGCCAGGAGACGGACAGGGACAAGGGCUCCGUUAGUCCAGCGCCACCGCCAACGGCGGCCACUUCGAGUGCGCCGCCCAAGGAGGCGGAGCCGCGCAGGGAACUACGCUAUGUGCCCGGCGGAAGGGGCGUGGGCAAGCACUGGGAGUUCGACAGCGACAGCGAGACCGAGGAGCUGCAGCUGCUCCAGCAGCCGCUGCCGCCGGUCAAGAAGAAGAAGUUGCCCAAGAAGGCGCCGCCCAAGAAGACGGCAUCCAAUGAUUCGGAGGCGAAGCGCAAGAAGAAGUCGGUCCAAGUGGAAAGCGACGAGGAGGAAAAGGAAAAGGAGAAAGAGAAGCCGAAGCCACCGAAGCAGCUGCCCAAGAAGCGCAAGACCGCCUUCACCGAGGAGCUGAUCGGCGACUACAAGGGCAUCCUGGCCAGAAAGCGCAUGGCCAGCCUGAAUGCCAGCGCCAUUGUGGCGGCCACCUACGAGGUGGAGCGGCAUCUGGACAAGAAUCUGGCCAGCGAUUGCAGCAGCUUCGAGAGCUACGACGAGCUGGACACCCUGCCCGCCACCACCAGCAAGGCGGCAAUCAAGGCGGAGAUGGUUCACAUCAAGAAGGAGCCCAAGGAGACCAAGGAGAGGGAGAACGAGCGCAAGAGGGAGCGGGAGAACGAGCUGAAGGACUCGAAGGACUCAGCGGUGGGCAAGAUGUCCAGCCACUCGAUCAUCGAGGAGAGCAACGACUCCAAGUACUCGAAGGAGACCAAGGAGACGAAUACGGACACCACCAUCACCACCACCGGCUACCGCGACUCGGCGGCCAGCACCAAGGACGCCAAGGACUGCAGCCGGCCCACCUCCUCGUCGGUGGUCAUCGUUCAGGACACCGACGUCACCAUCACCGGCGUCUACGUGAACGCCAGCAACGGAGCCGCCCAGGAGGCCUACUGCAAGAUGCAGUACCGCGUCCAGUCGAGCGUCACCGAGGAGCGCGUCCUGCGGCCCGGCUCCGUUGAGCCACCCAAGUCCUACACGCCGCUCAGCGCCCUCUCCAGCAUGCUGCCCCCGGGCGCCAGUUCCGGACUCAGCGAGGCGCACAGCUCGCCGCCGCUUCCUGUCCACGCAGCGCCGACGGGACCGCAUGUCCUGCUGCCCGGCGAACAUCUCAGUGCCGGGAUGUACCACGCCCCCGAUCUCGGCCUGCACACGGAGCACGCCCUGCCCGAGCACCACGGUCCGCCGCCGCCCUCGUACGCAGCUGCUGCCGCAGCGGCCGCGGCCGCCGCCGCCUACCACGCCCACCAGCUGGCCCCGGGAGGCGGUGGGGUGCUGCACAUGCACCACCAGCACCAGUACGCCGCCCAUGCGGCCCACGCCCAUCACUACCAGCAGGCGGCCGAGUAUCAUGGCGGCCCUCCACCGCCGCCGCAUCACUACGGCGGUCCGCCGCCACCGCCCCAGGGUCACUAUGGUCCGCCGCCGGGAGCACCUGUUCCGGUCCCGGUUCCCGUGCCCGUUCCCAAUCCGGUGACCGUGCCGCCCGAGCGCUGCGACGUGGGAUCGCCGCCGCCAUCGUAUCGCGCCAGCGCCUAUCCGCCGCCCUCGAGCGUGGGCAUGCCGCCGCCCACUUUGGGGGGCGGAUCGAGCGCCUUCUGCGCCCCGAGUCCGCUGCACCAUCACCAGCACCAACACCAGCAGCCGGGACCCGGCGUUGGGCCACCGCACCAUGAUCCCAGUGUUUAA